GCAUUUUUGAGGGAAAUAUUCUUUCCAGGGGAUACCCAACCAAGUUACAAAAUUAUGGAAAUUCCAGAGGUUGGGAGGGUAUGAGAAGCACCCCCUGGAAUGAAAAUUCCAGGGGGGUGGGAGGUCUAAAAUAAAAGUGCCCUCCGUGGGGGGUAUGGAUAUUUUUUGGAACUACACAACAAAAGGGACAGCAAGUAUUUUGCUGCAAAAUUUUGGUAUAAAAUACCUCUCAAUGUGGACAAUAGAUAUGUAUUCUUUGCACAAUUGGUGGAUUAUGGUCUGGACUUUUUUUUCAAAUAAUUUGAUCUCCAACAUAGCAAUGCCACAAUAUCAAACUGUUCUACUCAUAACAUCAAAAGUUAUUGUUUAUUGUGCAAUUAUCUGACAUUUUAGGUUUUUGUAGUGUUAAGUUACACCACCUCUCUUCAAGGCGCAAACCCAGAGCAUAUCCUAUCAUAGGUGAAGCCCAGCUUCUUUGACUUUGCAACAGCCUCAGCAGUAAGUUACCAAGUUAUAAGCUCAGUAGCCCAUGAAGCCUAACCAUGUUUUAUACCUGAAUGAACUAAAAUUGAGGUGAUUAUAACAUUUCCAACCCAAAGUAACUUAUUUUCAGCCUUUUCUUUCUUUUUUGUUGUCAUUUAAGGUCUUUCCUAGUAAAGUACCUAUGCAAAGUUACAUGCAUCAGCUGUCAUAUUCAAACUCCUCUUGGCAAAUCACAGAAGAAAAGUUGUGCCAAAUAGCAGAAACAUUCCAUAAUGCAGAUGAAGAAAAGAAAGGUUUCUUAACAAGUGAGGAUCUUAAAGUUGCAUUUGUGUCCCUCUUUGGUUACAAGCCUUCAAAGAGUGAAGUUCAGCAGCUUAUGGCCAAGUUUCAGAAACUGUUAUUAUCAGUUAAUGAUCAAAUACCAGGCUGCAGCAAAACGUUCGUUAACACCCAAACUGGUAUGACCUUAGAAAAUUUCACAGAAAUUGCAAAAAUCAAGAUUUUGGCUGAAGAUACUGAUGAUGAGAUCCGGCAGAUGUUUAUUGCAUUUGACACCAAAUGUCAAGGUUUCAUCACUCUGGACAUUGCUAAAAAGAUUUUUCUACAAGUUGCUCCAUUUUUGGACUCAGUUACAGUGGAGAAGUUGUUUCGAGAAGCUGAUACAGAUCGAGAUGGAAGAGUUAGUUAUAGAGAUUUUGAAUUCAUAAUGAAAUACAGCAUGGAUGACGGGACCUAA